CCAGGAAGGGACGGUAGAGACGGAAGAGAGGGUCCUAAGGGACCUCGAGGACUCGCGGGACCAAAAGGUAUGAUCCGUUGGGCAGAGCUAGUAGGGAACUUAAGCAAAGGCUUUUUUGAGCGACCCACGUUAACAGGAAGUGCACAUUUUACAUACCUGAGCAGUGGUUUUGUCCAAAUUUUCAGUGAAAUUGCCUCUACAAGUGUAAAGAAACUAAGUAAUACACAUUUUAUAGCGUCAAGGCAUAUAAAAUUAAAAGGGAAAGUCUUCAUUUCCGGUUGACGGGGAAGGUCUUGUGACAGGCUCCCUCAGAAAAUCUUUAGAAACGCUAACGAAAAUAAUAUUUUCAACACUCCUCAUAAGGUUUGUCUUUGGAAAGAGAAACCAAUAUAUUUCAAUUAAGAAUUAUUUUCUCAACUAAUUUUGAGUAAAAAUGAUUCUAGUCAAGUAUUGUCUUGCCUCCUGCUAGCAACGCUGUGAAAUGCGUUAUUUAUGAAAUAUCCCUUAGAGUUCUUAACGCAGAUUUAUCUUUUUGGCUCCACGAUUUAGGCAUAAGAACUAUUCAUCUUUUUCGUGUUCAUUAGGACCAGUAGGUAGCACUGGAGCUAUUGGCCCUCAGGGUCCCCCCGGACCACCAGGAGAGAAGGGAAAGGGACUGUCUGGGGUGAAAUACGUUCGCUGGGGAAAAACCAAGUGCUCUGGAGAUGCUACGACGGUGUACAGUGGUAAGGGUGGACGACUGCAUAUAUUUGAUCGUCUACUCAUCUAUAACUUCAAUCUAGUUAAUUCAUCGAAUUAGUUUAUCAUACGUAAGAUAGCAAUUUUGUAUGAUGUCUGGUUUACGAGUGUGAUUUACUUAUAAAUUGAUAUCCUUUUCUAUAUAGGGCGGUGGUAAGAAAUUCUGUAUGACAAGUAUAUACUGAAUUAUUUAUUAAGAUUAAAGUAUUUUUUUGGCUGUCUGUUUUAGAAUUUUUUAGUUUGGGAGACCUGGACCCAAUAAAGCAUGAGGAUGAUAUUUUGUACAGGCGGAGGAGUUCAAUUCAAUUUUUUUGGUGGCCAUCACCGGCUAUUUCAGAUGGAUAAAUAAACUGCGCUUUUAUCGGUUACUUCAAUUCUGUUUGCUAACGGAUUUAAGACUGAUGUGUUCUCCGUGAACGCGCACCAAGUAAUCUAAAUUACUUUUUGCAUGUCUCCAUGUUUUCUCUUAUAAUUAAUUAACUUAUCAGACAUCGUUUGCUACCUUUGCUCGAUCAGGCAUAAUCUAUUGCAAAUCGAAUUCUCACGCAAAGAAUUUUUAAGGAGAAGUUAGUUCUGGAAUCAUGGUUAUUUUUUGCUUCUUAUUAGGAAUCAUGGGUGGAGAGCAUUACACUCACUCUGGAGGCGCAGCGAACUAUCUUUGCCUUCCAAAGGUUCCAAAGUACGAUCGGUACAAAGAUGGCGCUCAGCACGGAGGAUUGAUGUAUGGCACUGAGUACGAACUGUCGUUCAACCCUUUUGACAAAACCCUCCAAGACCACAAUGCAGUUUGUGCCGUCUGCUAUGUCGAGUCACGUGGCUCAAUGCUAAUGAUACCCGCACGAAAUGAUUGUCCAUCCGGAUGGACCGAGGAGUAUCAUGGGUACCUGAUGACUGAACAUUACACCCACAAGAGUCAAAAGGAAUUCGUCUGUAUUGACAGAAACGCGGAAUACGUCCCUGGAACCCAGGCGAACACGAAUGGUGCCUUGCUGUACUUUGUUGAAGGGAUGUGUGGAAGUCAUUUGCCGUGUGGUCCAUAUGUUUCAGGUCGAGAGUUGACUUGCGCUGUGUGUACCAAGUGAAAGAAGGACUUGGCCUUUCUUCAUCAUGCUUAACUGACAAGCAUUAAAAAAAAAAACGCUGUUGAUUAGAAGAAGUGUUUGAGAUAGUCUACACACAUAAUGCAGCUCAUUUUUUAUUGUAUUAGUUUGUGGACACGUACAAAUGAAGCUUGCAAGUAGUUCAAAAUAAUGAAGUAAAAGUGAAAGCAUUAGCUGAACUUUUCAUUGUCUUUUUUAAUUAUGGACUUUCUGUUUCCUUACAACAUAUAUGAUAUCAAUUUAACGUCUCCCUUGCCAAAUGAUAGGCUAGUACAGAGUUCACUCAGCCGUAUUGUCCCAAACUAAGUAGGAAAUUAUUCAGAAACUGAACCCUCCUGAAAUUUACUAUUUGAUUAGGUAGUGGUACACUAUUGUUUAUUUUGGGCUUUGGGACAGUGGCUUAAUUAGCACCCCCGUCUUAUUCCAGAACUUCUAUCCAAAACUGACUUCUACUACACCGGCUCAGUUUGCAUGCCAUGGAUGCCAUGGACGAUGACUUUAAAACCCGAGCAAAGAAUUGCAUAAAGCCAUCAUCAGUCUUGGAUUACAUAACGUAAUUAUUAGAGAUUGUCAUCUUGGUUUGCAUGGCCUGAAUAAACAGGAUCAGCACAAUUGGUUAGGGCUCGGCCUUCUUUGCCUAAGGUUCCGAGUUCAUUUCCAGGUGUGACCUCCAAUGCGCGUUUCGACUUCUUUCCGUUCCUUAGCCUGAGUAUCAGCGAGUUAUAUUUUCCCGUUCCUUGUAUAUAAAUAUCCGUAAAACGGAACGCUGAUUUAUGGAGCAUGGAAUGUAAAUAGAGGAUUUUACACGGUGGCACGAAGAUAUGAAUUUUGUUUUCGAGUGGCAAAACAAUAUUUUACGAACGAGGGCAGCGAGUGAGUAAAAUAUUGUUUUUGCCACGAGAAAAUAAAAUUCAUAUCUUCAAGCCGCCGUGUAAUGUUCUUUUUAUUAUAUAGACAAAAAGAUAGAGGGAAAUUACCGAAAUUACGUCAUCGAUAAACUCACGGGUGAGAUUAUGGAAAAUGAACCACUUGGGCCUCGGAUGUAGUUUUUAUGAAUUUUACGAGUGAUAUAUUUUCAAGUAAAACACUCGUGUCUAUAUAACAAAAUGUACGAGCGCACCGUUACGGUAGGCCUCAGACUUUCCAGUGCGAUUAUUAGAGACCUUAAGAUUGAGGUUUUUCGCCAUUUCCCACGAACCGCGAACGUCAAUAAGUCAGGAUUGCGGUUUGAGGUUCACAUUUGUACGGCUAGACCACGCUCCAGAGGUAAGUGAUUUACCGCAAGGUUUUUUGCAUCCUAAAACAUCACAAUCCCAUGUUUGAGAAGAAAUACGACUUUUGCUUAUUGGUUAUAUCAACUUUUGUUUCAAAAAACGUAAUUUUGAAGACAAUUUCUCAGCUAAAAUAGAAGUAAGUGGAUGAAUGAAAACAAACAUGGCAGCCGCGAGCUACCACCCGCGAAUCUUAAGUGCCAAAUAUGGGCAAACGGCUAACGUAAAACCGUUAACCGCAAACCUCAGUUUGACGGCCGCAGUAAAGUGACCAAACCUCGAUCUUAAUUAAGGUCUCUAUAAUUUGUUACGGGUCAUCGGCGUAAAAUAAGGAACUAUACGGAACUAUACGUACCUUUACUUUGUAUGGACCUUGGAAAUUAUUUUUAAAGAAAAUUAUUAGUCAAUGACCUAGGUGAAUCGCAGGAAAAAAAAAUCCUAGCACUCCCAAUAGUAAUCGAACCUAUAUGACCUACUGGUUAUUAGUCCAAAUCCUCUGGUUACCACUAAGCUAGAGGAGCUGAUUCUUGGGAGCUAAGGCCACUAAACGUAGGUUCAUGUGACAAACAUCCUGCAUACAUGUACUGCUAGGACUAGAAUGUCGAUGUGUGCUUACACGCAAUGAUAGACUGAAUGUGAUGGUGUUGAUUUAAAGAUGUUUAUUCAGUCAAUGACACGGGUGGCUCGGAAGAAAUAAUCAGAGUGCUAGUCUAACCUAUGAUCUUCUGGUUACUAGUCAAGAUGCUCUAUCACUUAGACCUAUAGGAGAUUCUUGAAAGGUAAGACCGGUAAAUAUUUAUUAAUACGUUUCUUCUACGCUUAUCUUCUCGAAGCAUCUGCUAACCCGACACUCGUUAAAACUUUCUUGGCUGGCAUUUUCAAAGCGAAAAAAAAAAAAAAAAAAAUGACUUGUGAAGUUGCUAAAAAUGCAAGAAAUAGUCAUACAGGGAAAGCGUUUAAAUUUGUACAGGGGGGGUUCGGAAAAAAAAUACAAAUUGUUAGUUUAACUUUUGUUUUUCUGGUACAAAUUCAAGAUGUUUAUCCCCUUAGACUAUAGGAAGAUUUUGAAAAGGAAAAACGGGAAAAAUUUUUUAAAUACGUUUUUUUAACGUUUAUCUUCCCGAACCACUUCCUAACCCGAAACUCGUAAAAACUUUCUUGGGGGGAAUUUUAAAAGCGAAAAAAAAAAAAAAAAAAAAUGACUUGUGAAGUUGCUAAAAAUGCAAGAAAUAGUCAUACAGGGAAAGCGUUUAAAUUACUCUCAGACUAAAAUAAGUAAUGCGUUAGCAUUGACAGACUUGCACGUUGGAUUGAUGGGCAUGUGCGGUAUGCGUUCCCGGAAGGUCAACCGCUGUCCAAACAAAUCGUUUGACAAGUUAUGGUUACAAGAUCAUCACGUUGUUUACAAAGUUAUAUCACGCCAGUUGACAAUGAUUGCGUGUAUUGCGAAGUUUACAAAUUUUGCUAUAUUGCGUCGGGCAGUUUAGGACAAGACAUGCGAAUGCAGGCGUUCUUGUUGGGGGAAACGUUGACUGUACAGUCUGUGUUCUCUUGACCCGUACGGUUUUACACAAGUUAAGCAUGCUCUAAAAUUCGCGAUACGAAAAAGAAGUAAAGAACACAAAGAGCAAAAAUAACAAAAAUCUUCGCCCCAAAUAACAACAAACAGUCUUAGCAAAAGGAAUGAUGACACUUACCCACACCCUGUACACUCUGGACUCUGUCACGUGUAUCAGCGCAUAAAAGUUUUCAAAAGCCUUGUAACUAAUCCAUUUGUUUUAGUUUGCUUUAUAGGCACCAUUUCGUGCGGGCCUGGCGAAAUUCCUCCUUAUAGUUUCGGAAGAUGGAAAAUGAAGCAAAAGCGAUUUGCCAGGCAAAGCUUUCCAAAUCAAAGCGUUUUCGUUUUUUACUGAAUUUAACCAUCGCGACAUGCUUGAUAGCAUGUAUCGCCUCUCAGGUCUCUGUUUGCCUUUACAACUACCACAAGUUCAUGCAGUUAAAUAGCCGCAUUGACAAUUUGAAACAACUUGUGGAGGUGAUCGCGGUUGAAAGAUCUUCUAAACUGACUGCUAGUCAGCAGGCGAUUUCGGAUGAAAACGAAGUCAUGCGAGAAAAAAGGUCCGUAGCUGAAGAAAGGUUCGCUGAUCUGCGAGAUUUGGCUGAGCGCGUAAUGGUGUUGGAAGACAGGUAUGCAUAAUCGUAACCUGCAUGCGAGAGAUUAUUCGGAUAGCCUGUGUUGGCUUUCGAUACUGCAUGGACGGAAACUAGCAUCUGCUCUCAUAGUGCGGCCUGGGAAGCUGGUGGAAGUAUGCAGCCCAUCAAUAUAAAAGAAAAUGAAAAUGCUUCGACAUAGAUCACCCCGCUUACUUCAGUCAGUAAAAAUUGAUAAAAUCAAGCUAAAUAACAAAAAACAUAUUAAUAGACGAGGUUUAGAUUAUUUGAGGCACUCACUGCGAUGAGCAUAAAGAAGGACAAUUAACGCUCCAGAAAGACUGAAGCUAACCGUCACGGUUUAGUUAAUUUUUGUAGCUGUGUUCUAAAUAAUAUUAAAUAAAUUUGUCCUACAAUUAUUUGCCUGUUUUAAAGUGUUUGCGUUUGUCUUCUUCAUAUAGUUUACGUGGCCACAACAGCAACAGGAAUGUUGCUGUAAAUUGUCUCUCAAGACUACUAAGAGGUCAGUGCUUUAACUGUAAAAUGUAAAAAUAUCCUUGCGUAUAUUUCAAUGAACAAAGUCAGUAUUUUAGGUAAAUAAAACAGAUAUGGACGGAAAUGAACAAUCAAUUAAAAUUUUCUGGUUUCCCAAUCGUACUUGUAAAAAGUUGUGAAAAGUAGCACGUUUCACAGGUAACUGGAAUGUAUUUUUUGAAUGUUUGUUGUCGGUGAUCUUUGUGCAAUAUACACUCAGCGAGAUUAUUGAUUGCGUACGGGACGCAAAAAGAUUUCUGAUGAAACGCUAAUGCCCCCGACGAAACGCCUGCCCGCUGGUUGUCAAGAUUCACGAGUAUUUUCACAAUUCUGACCUAGUUUUUCAAGAACUGUAAUUACGCUGUAUUUCGUGAGUAUUUUGUGGUCGGGAAUCCUUAUAAAGCAACAUGGACCCAAUAUUAAGGCAAGAUUAAUGUAGUGUUUGCGAAAAGGACUCUUAGCCGCGAUAUGAUAGCUAAACGAGCGAGCCAAAUAUCUCGGAAUGGUCUCUCCAUGUUAAUUACUUACAUGGGCGCGACCAAACAUCAACUUUGUCAGACACGUCAUUCAAGGGCGGUAAGGAAUGGCAUGUGGCAUGGCUUGCGGAAUGACAAUUGCGCCCUUUUUUGGGCGCCAGUGAAGCAGUCGCUUUUUUUGACGUUGCGGGCUCGACUAGGAUGUCAAAGUAAGCCCUUGGGUGCUUACCAUUUGACAGAAAAGUCCUGUUGGGGUGUCGAAAGUAUAAUGGUAAGCGAUUUACCAGUUUACCGUAGAAAUGCCACAUCCGUUACGGUUUGAAUCCAAAAAAAGGGCGAAAAUGGGCAGCGUGAGUCUGGAACCGAGAAGGAACCGAGAAAUUGGUUAAUGGUAAGCAACAUUCCGUGUGGUUCGUACCAACCGGAAUGAAAGGACUACCUCAAAACGUACUCCUCAAUUUUCGGUUGGAAUUUCCGAAAAGUGACCUUACCAUUUACCUUCCAUCCGGAAUUUCCAAAAUUUUCUUUCGGAUGGUAAGCACCCCUUGUUUCCAUAUCUCAAAGCGCCCUCUCUCUUUUCACUUACACUUACAGGAAAUUUCUAAGUUUCUUGACUCAGAGACUUAGUUUCUGUUCAACAAAUGUUGUCAAAGUGCGAAGUCUCUUCAAUUUUAAAGGGAAAAAAGAUUCAUGAAUACAAGCAGAACUCGAUCCCUGAGUGUUGGGUCUGCAGUCUCCUAUCCUAACCACAAGACCACAGAAGAUUCGUUGCAGUUUGAUUUAAAUCAAAUCAAGGGCGUAACGCUAAAGGGCAAAGAAAGCUCGCUGAACGUGAAGUCGGGCUAGCUACAAUCCUAAGGAUUUUAAUACGGUGAAUGAAUCAGAUCAUAUUCGAGACUAAAUGAACGCCCCUAGUCAGACAUUAAUCUGUAAUCCACAAAUCGAGUGAAGCGAACUUGCCUCUGUCCCCUUUCUGCCUUUCCGCGUCCCUUCGCACUCCCCUUGUGUUUGUGAGUGUAUGCGUUUGAUCGUGGAAAAAAAAAAUGCUGAAAGUAGAAGGAAGAAAAAAAAAAAAGGAAAGAGGGAAAGAGAAAAAACACGCAAACUCUAUUGCCAGUAUUCGAGCUCGCGCUUCUCCGCGUAUGCUUUCCUGUUUAGUUUAGUUCUUUGUGUCAUUUUCAAUAUAGAGUGCUUGCAGGACCACACAAGGAAGUGUGGGGGGUCCAUAUUUAUUUAAUGUUUUCCUCAAUGACCGGAAAGUUUUUAUGAAUGACACGCCCGUGCUUUUCAAAUAUGCUGACGACUCUACUAUAGUAGCUCCCGUAUGGAAGGAUUCAGACACGUCAGCAGACCUGGUAAAUCAUUUUCUCAGUUGGAGUAUAAAUAAUCAGAUGUUGUGUAAUCCCAGCAAGUGUAAAGAACUGAUAUUUGGAAAGAAGGAAAGUAGCGGUACACGCCAUCAGUACGCUCCCAUCAAUAACAUUCCUCAAUGUGAUAGCCUUGUCUGCUCGGACUGGCUUUUCAGCCUAAUUGUGAAUUUAUUGAGCACGUCAGACUCAAGCUUACAAAAGCUAACAAGUGCACUGUAAUUUUUUGGGAGUUAUAAUAACUCCUCUAGUGGGGCUAAUUUAACUCCUUACAGUGGAGUUAUUUUUCGUGGAGUUACUUUAACUCCAAAAAGGAGUUUAAAGAACUCUUUUUCAGGAGUAAAAGUGACCCCAGAUAUUGAGGAGUUAAAAUAACCCCAAAAACGGAGUUAUCCUGUACCUAAAAUUUUUACUCCACUUUCAGUGUUAAAUUAACUCCAAAAAGAGUAAAAACAACCCAUGUAAGGAGUACAAAUAACCCCAUUUCAGAGUAAUUUUAACUCCAGAGUGGGAGUAAAAAGAACUCUUUUUCAGGAGUAAAAAUGACCCCAAAUUCGGAGUUAAAUUAGGAGUUAAAAUAACCCCAAAAAAGGGGUUAUCCUGUACCUAAAAUUUUUACACCAUUUUUGGAGUUAUAAUAACUCCCUAAAAAUUACGGUGUGUCUUCACAUUCUCAGAACUCUACGAAAGGAACUCUAGAUCUUUAGCCAGAAGGAAAUAGAUCACUUGUUUAAAACCCUAGUUCUUCCCAUUCUCACAUAUGGUCUCGCUGUGUAUGGCGCUUCUGAUUCUGAUUUAAAUGUUAUACAGCGUUUUUUUAGACAGGUGCCAUAAGCGUCAUUUAACCUCUCAAACAGUCAGCAUCUUUAAUCUUUUAGAACAGCAAGAUAAAUCCGCUUUCAAAAGGGCUAUUAGUAAUACACUUUCACUGAAACUUGGGAUAUGUAUUUUUAUCCUUUGAUUGAAUAAGACUAUUAUUAUUAUUAUUAUUAUUAUUAUUAUUAUUAUUAUUAUUAUUAUCAUUAUUAUUAUUAUUACUAUUAUUAUUUUCUCUUAAAAUCCGUCUAGUUCUUGAUCUCAUCAAGCGCGAUUGCAAACCACGAUGAUAUUUCUCGCGGCAAGCGGCUUCGCCGCUGGCGUGAUUAGGUUUUGCGUGCAGUGAUGCAAAGAAAAAUAAGAGACUCCUCGCAGUCUAUUUUCCAUAUAUCAAAUUCCGCAUAAUUAUGUCAUUCCGCAAGCCAUGCCACGUGCCAUUCCGUAAACUCAUUCCACCUUUUAACCUCACCGAUUCAUGGGUUAAUUGAAAUCACCAAAUCUAACAGCUAAUGUGUGCGGGUUAUGGACUAGGUAGAAGUGGGUGGCAUCCAAACUCUAUUCCCCGCAAAAGUGGCAGUUCUUUUAAGGUUUGAGCGGCUGCAUUAAUACCUCCCUCGCCUGCCCCCUAAAAAGGGAUUAAAAAAGAGGAAAUAACAAAAGAUUUAUACUUAAAGGCAUAGAAAACACAAGGUCUGGAUGACCUGGAGGGUUAUCCUCACUUGACAAUUAACACACCCCUGUUGUGCCGGUUGAAUUUCAGGUCGAGAUGGUAGAGAUGGAUUACCAGGACCUCCCGGUCCACCGGGGAAACCAGGCCCUGCGGGUGAGUUGGCUGCAGAUUUCAUACGUUUAAUCAGUCUUCCAGUUUUUGAAAACAAUUAUUAAUCUGCUACAUUAUUGGAUGUACUAAAAAUCUUAGGGUGGUAAUUUUUCGCCGCAAUUAUAAUGCAAAAAAGUACAAACUAGGGAGAAAGCAGUGGCAAAGAUGAUAAAUACCGCAUUGGCAUGCUAGUCUACAUGGGGUUGUAUAUUAACUCGUUGGCAAACGCGAUAUUUACCACAUUUACCCUUAAUUUCGUCUUAUUUUUUCUUUUUUUUUUUCCUUUUUUUGCAUCUUAUUAAUGCCCUGAGAAAAUUUGGUGUGAAACUAUUUUUUUCGUGCAGUGAUUCUACAAAAGUGUCAGAAACCACUUUGUCUUAAAACCAGAAUUAAAUCUACCAUCCGGUCUUCUUAGGAGCUUCUUAGGACAAGAGAUUACCACCCACGAAUCAGUCUGAUUUGUUGCGAGACAGGUUUGAACGUGGGUGGAAAUUGCGCAACAUAGCUUUGCAACUCGAUUUGCAGAAAUAUUGAAAAACAAAUUACUCGUUUUUGUUUCAAGUUUUUCCUUAGCUUUAAGAUAUAAAAGUUCUAGCAUAUUUUUAUUUUUCUUCAGGUAGGGACGGUAGAGAUGGAAGAGUGGGUCCCCGGGGACUUCGAGGACUUCCGGGACCAAAAGGUAUGAUCUGUGCUGCCUAGAGCAGAUUAACCGGGCAUAUGAUACGAGAGGUAUAAUUAUGUGCACCAUAAAUUAUUGGCCAAACAUAAGUUGUUCAGCAUGAGGUUUUCUCUGCGCAACUGACACAAAAAUACCUUGUUAUAUGAAGAUCACUUUAUGUAGAUGUAAUGGAAAAAAUUAUUUAAUAUCUGAUGUGGCAUGGAAUGUAACAACGGUAGAACUAUGCACAUAACAAAUAGAGCUUACAAUAGUUCGCGGGAAAAUACAGUGCCGGCUAAAGAUCUUACCACCAUUCAGUUGGCUUACAGAGACCUGCCUUAACUAGACCUUCCGCCCUUCUCUGAAUUCAUUCAGUUGUCCCCGGCAAUUGUAGUAGAUAAACAAGUUCAGAUUAUUUUGACUCCUAGUGUAUUACCGCACACCCUUACUCAAGGAAGGAAAGACGUUUAACGAUCAACGUGUAGCGGCAAAGUUUAUCAUUUUAGCACUUUGGAAGAUUAAAAUAAAGGGAUGGUAUGAACGUGAAUCAUGAACGUCUAGUAAACAAUAAAAUUGGAAAGUAGUUUACAGUUUUUAAGCAAUCGUUUUUGUUUUGUUUUGUUUUUGUUUUUUUGUUUUUUGUUGUUUUUUUUAUGGUAAUGAUAAUCGAAAAUAUUUUAUUGAUAACAUACUAACUAUUAAAAUUAAUCCUAUUUACAAUUAAUUCGCUCUAAAAAAAACUAUUUCGUCGAAACAUUAUUUACAAUUCCUUUCGUUAAAAAAAAAAAACCCUUAGUUUUGAUUACAAAAGAAAAAUUCAUUUCAUUAAUCAAAAAUUAUUCAAAUUAAGAACAUUUCGUUUCAAUUAAAACAAUUCAUUUCGAAUCAAGAAAGAAGAAACUAUUUUUAAGGUCAAUUGCAUUCUUACUAAGAUAAUCACUAAAAAAACACUAAAAAGAGGAAAAUUAAAUAGCGUUCACAACGUGUUAAUGACGAAUAUUUGCCAUUUAAAAGUAAGGAAACACAUCAAUAGUUCGAUUGAAUAGCUCCUUCAACAUCUUCGACGUCAAUAUCAACAUUCUUAAUGUCACGUGCUACUGUUCUUGUCCUGAGCCUCUAAGACAAACCAACGCAGAUCUCAAGAGUGCGAAUGAGGCUCUGGUUCUGAUCCAUGAGAUGGUUUCGGCAUACUGCUCGCAUUUUUUUAUGGCAAUCAGCUGUGCCAAGCGGCUAUGAUACAUCAAGCACUUCUUUCCCAUUCCGCCUGUUGUGGUGAAGACAAAGGUGUAAAUGUUCCAUGCUCAAUGUCCAGGACCCUCUUUGAGUAGAGACGCUUUUUCUCGUUGUCAUGGAUACGAUAAAUUUGUUGUGACUCUAGGUCCCUAUACGAUACAUUAUUAGGGUGACAGACCCUCACAUCGAUGGACGCUGAUCGAUGUCGCUCCCAGAAACCACGCACCUGGAUAUCUAACCUCGCCUCCUGAGCUUUGUUAGAUCCUCUGUUUAAAUGUUCGCCGGAGAUGUGUUAUUUCAUUUUAUUAGAAAUCUCACUCGUUCGCUCGCUCACUAGCCUACACCGCUGACGAAACUAAACUCUGCCGAUUAAGUCCGUUUGCCAAACAGCACCGAAAUUCUUUUUCUGAGCCCCCAGCUGUGUACCAGGAUUUGAGUACGCGCCAUGAUUGGUCUGUGAAAAAUGCCAUAGUCGAUUUGCCAAACAAGAUGACAGCUCACGGCGUAAACAUAAUAGCGUACUCGCGUACUUUCCAAGAAGUCCUGUACAUGUGGAUUCAUAUGUAAUGUAAUAAGUAGAAUAUGAUCCAUUCAUCCUUUUCAUGUUCCCCAGGAGAUGUUGGUAAAACUGGAAGUGUUGGCCCCCAGGGUCCCCCCGGACCACAAGGAGAGAAGGGAAAGGGACUGUCUGGGGUGAAAUACGUUCGCUGGGGAAGGACCAACUGCUCUGGAAAUGCUACGACGGUGUACAGUGGUAAGGUUGGAUAUUUAUUUAUUCAUUUAAUAAAUUGCGUCAAAAUGUAUGUCAUAGAGAAGAGAUCAUUUUAAGAAUAACUUACUUUCAUUCAUUUGACUAAAAUUAUAUGACAUAAAAGAAAUAGCUGUGAUAUGCGUCAACUUGGAUCAGGUAAGAAUUACAGUCGACUCUCUCUUAAUGGACACCUCCAUAAAAUUGACACCUCGGUAAAACGAACCCCUAGAGUUGGUCACUACCUUCACAUACUUCUUUUUUACUCUCUAUAAGACGAACACCACGCUUCAUCUGUAUGUCCAUUGGGCCAUCCUUAAAGAAAUGAUGGCAAGGCUUGAGAGAGGAUAUGGAUUACUGGCUGUCUUCAAUUUCUCUUUAAUAGCCAGGGGCACCCAACGUCAAUUUUUGGAAAAUAUCUGUUCGGAAGACUAUUUGAGAUCUAGAAUUUUCGGAACAUUUGUCGUAAAAUUUCUUUCUUGCCUGCCUCCUAGGAUUUUCGAAAAUCUUAAAAAUGGUAUAAUUGCCCCUUUUUAACGGAUUUUUAUCCUUAAAAGGUCGCCUAGAAUUUUCGGGAGCCUUUCUUCUGGCUGAAAUUUUCGAAAAGGUAAGUUUUGAUCCCUAUAAUUUUCGGAUCUCUAGACUUUCAGCUGGAAAAUCCGAACAGAUGAAAAAUUAUUAGGGGAUAAACAUAUGCCUAUAUCUACCGUUUAACAACUAAAUUAAGUUAAACAAUGCUAUGUUUAAGUGGUUUUGAACUAUAUUCUCGUUGGGUGCCCCUGGAUAGCAUCCACUCGCGCAAUGUUAAUGGUCUUAAUGUCAUGGUGGGAUCGAAACCCACCAACCAUGAGCGAGGUUUGUGAUACACCAAUCUCUAACAACCACGGUGGUACAAAUAGUUCGACUCAGUAAAUCGCCACUAUCGCCUGAUGAAGACCUGCAGUGUGCGGUCGAAACGUCGCGAUCAAUACCAAAAAGUGAGACAAACGAUAAAAACUAAGCCUUAAUAGUGCUUUUUUCGCUACUUGAACAGCGUCUGCAAAGCUUGUUUGAAGCCUUUAAUUGCUUAGCCAGAAAUGAUCUCUCAAACGUCAAAUUUAAUUUACCUCUCACUUCUUAUUAGGUAGAAUAGGUGGAGGGCAUUAUACUCACCGUGGAGGCGGAGCAAACUAUCUUUGCCUUCCAUACACUCCAAAGUACGACAAAUACAAAUCAGGCAAUCAGGGUACAGCAUAUGUGUUCGGCGCUGAGUACGAAGUGUCACUGUUUAACCCUUUUGAGGAAAAUGUCCAUGACCACGACGCACCUUGUGCCGUCUGCUUUGUCGAGUCACGUGGUUCGAUGCUGAUGAUGCCAGCACGGAACGACUGUCCCAGUGAAUGGACCGAGGAGUAUCAUGGGUACCUGAUGACUGAACAUUAUAAUCACCCGAGUCAAAAAGAUUUCAUCUGCGUUGACAAAGAUGCUGAGUAUAUCCCUGGCAGCCAAGCGAACCUGAACGGUGCAUUGUUGUACCCGGUUGAGGAACAUUGUGGCACAUUACCGUGUGGUCCAUAUGUUCAAGGUCGAGAGUUGACUUGCGCUGUUUGCACCAAGUGA